AUGAGAUUUCACAGAGCAAUGAGCAUUGAGAAAGUAACUCCAGUAGCGAAUACCAGAAGAAAAAAGAAUGUAACGAAAGGUAGAACAUUUAUGCUCAGUUUUAUGUUAGGUUCUCUUGUCCAAGCAGAAAAUUGUCCAUUCAGCAGAAGCUUUCCAUCGUUCCACUUAAAUGACUUUGGGCUACCUUUUCCCAAGAUGUGA